CGGGCUCAUCGAACUCGCCCGCGCCCGCCCGCCCUUUUGCCCGCAGCCAACAACCCGGACGUGUCCAAGGUCGAGGUUCUCCCUGGUAGGACCGCUCGGUGUAAAGGUGCAAAUUACCAAUCACAGGUUUGUGGGGGGGGCCCCAAGACAGGAGCGCCGGCGACAUGGAUGGCGAUGGCACGCCAAGACAUGGCCCGGCUGCGCGGGGGCGGGGGUUAUGAACUGUAAUUCCCGAUGACCGGCGGAGAUGUGCCCUAUCCGUCGGUGCUGGUACGAGGCUCGACUACAUCCAGAGUCCGCGCUUUGGCGCGACGCUGACUUCCUUUUAUGUCGCCGUCCGCCCCCGAUGUCGAGCAGCCUCCAUCUUGGGACAGCACCACUUUCGCGGUACUCCAAGGCCUCCCUUCUUUGGUCGUUCCACUCUUUCUUGCCUCCGCCUUCUUGCGUGUCUCUCACUCGCUAUCUCUCGCUCUCGCUCAAGUCUCCACUCGUUCGACUCGACAGACCAAGAGAAGCUACCCGCAGCAUAAACAAAAAAGCCCCUCCAAGAUGCGUUCCUCCUUCUUCGCUACCGUCCUCGCCGCCUUGGCGCUCCCCCGGGGGCUGCUGGCGGCGCCGUCCCUGGGCGAGAACUUCGGCGACGAGAGACUGUCUCUCGUGGCGAGGCAGAACGGCAAAGCGACGCAGAAGGACCUGGACGACAUCAAGUACUUCGUCCAGUUCGCCGCCUCCGCCUACUGCAACAACCGGAAGUCCCAGGUCGGCAGCAAGGUGACCUGCGCCAACAAUGCCUGCGUCACGGUGCAGCGCAACGACGUCAUCAAUUUUGCCCAUAUUGACACUGACAUCAACGCCAACAUGGACGGCGCCAUCUACGUCGACCGCACCAACCGGCUGAUCGUCCUGUCUUACAUGGGCUCCAAGUCGGCGUCGUCGUACCUGCUCGAGCUCGACUUCACCGUGGCGGAAGUUCCGGACCUGUGCCAGAACUGCAAGAUCAGCUACGGCUUGAACCUAGUCUGGGUGCAGACGCAGCGGUCCAUCGUCGACAGCAUCAACCGGGCGCGGCAGCAGUUCCCGGGCUUCCGCGUCGCGGCAGCGGGCCACAGCGGCGGCGGCGGCCUCGUGUCCAUCGCGACGUCGUACCUGCGGGGCAAGCACGGCAUCCCCGUGGACCUGUACACGUACGGCUCGCCCCGCGUCGGCAACGAGGCCUGGGCCCAAUUCGUGACGGACCAGGCGCCCCGCCUGGGCGCAAACUACCGCGUCACGCACUACAACGACCCCAUCGCCGCCAUCCCGCCCGCCUGGAUCGACAACAUGUCCCACAUUAGCCCCGAGUUCUGGCUCUCCCGCAAGGACGCCGAGACCCCCGACUACCCGCUCAGCGAAGUUACCGUCUGCAACGGCGUCCGCACAAAGGACUGCAGGGCCAGCAAGGGCGUCACCCUGAGCACAUCGGCCCACAGCUACUACUUCCAGCGCGUCACCGGCUGCAAAUAGGGCGGAUAAUCCCUUUUUUUUUUUUUUUUUUUUGCGGGGUGGCGGAAGGAUGUAGAGUUGCGACUCUUUAUUUGAUCGUCCAUCUCGCUUAUGGAGAUGGGAGGGAAUGGGGUGAUGGGCAAGCAGCCGCUGGGAAGAUACACUGCAUUCCCGGCGGAGCUGUCUGGUCCAGAUACAGACUUUUUUCCUCGCGCGUCGACAGGGAAAAAAAGUCCUGGCCAGCUUUGGCAUCCCCCAUUUCUUCCCCCCUGUUUCCCUUAAUACCCUUUUCCUGGGCUUGUCAAACCACCUGUACUGUACCAAUUCUCUUUGGUUUCCUGUAAAUACCUUGUGUCUCUGCGGCAUCACUAGGCCUGCAGGCCCACAUCAAAUAACUUUACAAACGAGAAGGCUUGAUCUUCUAGGCCAUCCUGUCCUGCC